AUGUUAGAUUUCCCAACAAUAUCGCUUGUUCAACGUUCAAUAUCUAUUGGAAUUAAUGCUCGUCGUUAUAUUCAAUCAUCGUUAAGUGAUGAAAAACAUACCAUUGGUGAAACAAAACCUGUUUCAUUAGAUAAUCUUUCACCUGUUGUUCGUCAAAUUCUUUCUAAAGAUGCAUCAUAUGCUGUUCGAUUUGGUGGUCAAGCUGAAAAUAUAUUUUCACAAAUACCAAAAGAUGAUAUUAUAUUAUCAACAAACGACGAUGAAGAUGAUUUACCACAUCCUCCAAUUGUUGCUUUUCCAUCAAUAGAAAAUCAUUUUGAAAUUGGUUUAGGAACAGAAGAUAAAACAAUACUUCCUCAUGAAAGAGCUCGAUGUUUUGGUUGUGGAGUAUUACUUCAAUGUGCUGAUAAAAAUAAACCAGGUUUUAUAUCAGUUGAAAUAUAUAAACAUUAUCUUUCAACAAAUUUACAAAAACGAACAAUUAAUGAACAAAUUUAUAAUGAUAUUUUAAAAGAAAUAAAACGAAAACGUGCUUUAGUCAUUUUAAUUCUUGAUCUUCUUGAUAUACCAAAUUCAAUUAGUCGAUCAUGGUCACAUCUUAUUGAUGAAUCAACUGAAAAUCUUCAUACUUCACCAAAUAUUAUAUUUAUUCUUGGCAAUAAAGUCGAUCAUUUUACCAAAGGUUUUAUUUUAGACAGUGAAAAUUAUUUAUCUGAUGUUCGUAAAUGUCUUGAAAAUGAAUGUACAAAACGUGGUUUAGGAAAACAUAUAGUUAAAUAUUAUGGUUUAAUUAGUGCUCGAACUAGAUAUGGAAUUGAAGAACUUAUAGAAGAAAAUAUUUCGUUAUUGGCCACAACAUGUGUUUAUCUACUCGAGGGUACAAAUACUGAAAAAAGUAAUUUAUUUAAUAAUCUUAUUGAUUCUGAUCUUUGUCAUAUUCGUGCACUUGAUUGUAUUCAACGUGCAACUCUAUCAAAUCUUCCUGUACAACAAUGA